AAAAUAACAAAUUUCUUAAAUGGAAAAUCAUGUUAGUAUACCUAACUACGAAAUCACUAGGGUUAUUGGUUCUGGAGCUUUCGGUAUGAUAUCUUAACUUAAUUCAAAGGUUAUGUUUUUGAAGCAUAUGAUAUUAAAAGGCGCUAAAAAGUAGCCUUAAAAAGAAUGUAAAAAGUAGGCAAAAUUUCAAGCAGAGAAUGUGAUAUAUUGAUGCAACUAAAAUCUUGUCCUAAUGUAGUUAAAUUAAUAGUAUAUUAAAUAAUAUAAUAAGGAUGUUUUCUAUAGUAGAAGUGAAGACAAUAAAAUGGUUCAAAAUAUUAUACUAGAAUUUAUGGAUCAAAAUUUAGAAAACAUAAUAAUAGAUCAUAAAAAAAGAAAGGAUUAUUUCGAUCCUAAAACUCUUAAAAACUACCUUUAUUAAAUGUUGUAAGGUCUAGAUCAGAUUCACAAAAAGCAUAUUGCACAUAGGGAUUUAAAACCGUAAAAUAUUAAUUUUAUUGUAAUAGUGAAAAUGUUUUGAUUUAAGAUGGAAUUCUAAAGUUAUGUGAUUUUGGAAGUGCUAAAGAAAUGACUGGAACAGCUAUCAAUACACCUUAUAUAGUUUCUAGAUUUUAUAGAGCUCCUGAAUUAUUAUUGGGUGUGACCAAUUAUACAGAAUCUAUUGAUAUUUGGGCUUUUGGUUGUAUCAUGGCUGAAUUAGCAUUGUUGGAACCCUUUUUCAUUGGAAAAUCAGAAGGAGAUCAAUUAUUUUAAAUUCUCAAAAUAAUGGGAUCUUUUUCUGAGGAAGAUCUUAAAUAUUUUGAGAAAGUGGUUCCUUUUGAUAUCAAUUUAUUUCAUGAGUUUCCUGAAUAUAAAGCUAAAAAUUUGAAUGAUAGAUUUUGUAAUGUAGAUGAUUAAGAAAACUUUAUAGAUUUACUAAAGUAUUUUUUUUACAUUAACUAUAAUUAGGAAAUUACUGAAAUAUAUACCAGGAUAAAGACCUACUGCUAGUUAAGCUUUGUAACACUAAUAUUUUAAAGAUAUUAAAGAUUAGUGA